UACCCCCCCCCGCCCCCGGGGCUGCCCGGAGCCAGGCCCGGGCAUGGAGAGCGGGCCCGGCCCGUGCGGGGACAAGCCCCCCCGGAGGAGACGGAGCAGGGCCAGCACCAGCGCCCGGGCCAACCGCUCCCCCGCGGCGGAGACAGAGACGACCCCGGGCGGGACGGGAUCGGCCUCGGCCUCCUCCUGCAGCCGAUAUCCUCUGCGACGAGGCAGCUCUUUCACAUUUCUAACUCCUGGGCCCCAGUGGGACUUCACUCUGAAAAGGAAGCGGCGAGAGAAAGAUGAUGAUGUUGUCAGUCUCUGCAGCCUUGAUUUUAAGGAGCCAAGUAAUAAGCGGAUUCGGCCUCUAGCUCGGGUCACAUCCUUGGCGAACUUGAUCUCCCCUGUAAGAAAUGGUGCAGUCCGGCGUUUUGGUCAGACAAUACAGUCAUUUGCCCUCCGUAGUGACAGCAAAUCCCCCAGCUGUUCCCAGAAGUCAUGUAGCAGAUCUGCUGCUCCAACACCUCCUAAAAGAAGAAACAGUGUCCUUUGGUCAGAGAGGUUAGAUGUCAACAUGAAAGAGACCCUGAGCACCAAAGAAAUUAAACGCCAAGAGGCAAUAUAUGAACUGUCCAGAGGAGAACAGGAUUUAAUUGAGGAUCUUAAGCUUGCCAGAAAGGCUUAUCAUGACCCCAUGUUGAAACUGUCCAUCAUGGCGGAGGAGGAACUUACACACAUAUUUGGGGACUUGGAUUCUUAUAUUCCUCUGCAUGAAGACUUCUUGGCAAGGCUAAGAGAAGCAACAAGACCUGAUGGAACAGUGGAGCAGAUAGGGCCCAUACUUGUGAAAUGGUUACCAGGACUCGAUGCCUACAAAGGUUACUGCAGUAACCAAUUGGCAGCCAAAGCUCUUCUGGAUCAGAAGAAGCAAGACCGUAGAGUCCAGGACUUCCUUCAGCGCUGUCUUGAGUCCCCUUUCAGUCGCAAGCUAGACCUCUGGAGCUUCCUAGAUAUUCCUCGAAGUCGGCUGGUGAAAUAUCCACUGCUCUUAAAAGAAAUUCUUAAACAUACUCCUAAAGAUCAUGCUGAUGUCCAGAUUUUGGAAGAAGCAAUCUCUAUAAUCCAAGGAGUCCUGUCUGAUAUCAACUUGAAGAAGGGAGAAUCAGAAUGUCAGUAUUACAUCGACAAGCUGGAAUAUCUGGACGAGAAGCAGAAGGACCCUAGAAUCGAAGCCAGCAAAGUGUUACUGUGCCAUGGGGAGCUGAAGAAUAAGAAUGGGCAUAAACUGUACGUUUUCCUCUUCCAAGACAUCCUGGUUUUAACUCGGCCAGUCACUCGUAAUGAGCGUCACUCUUACCAGGUGUACAGACAACCGAUCCCAGUUCAGGAGCUGGUGCUGGAGGAUCUGCAGGAUGGCGAUGUGAAAAUGGGAGGGUCCUUCAGAGGGGCUUUUGGCAAUUCAGAUAAAGCUAAAAAUAUCUUCAGAGUUCGAUUCCAAGACCCCUCCUCCGGCCAAUCCCACACACUGCAGGCCAAUGAUAUCUUCCACAAGCAGCAGUGGUUUAAUUGUAUCAGAACGGCCAUCGCACCCUUCCAGCGGACUGCUGCUCCAGCAGACCUGAAAGAAUUGCCCGAGCUCAGUGAAGAGUCUGAAGAGAACAACCCAUCUGCUUCCAACGUCAAAGUCCAGAGGAGGCAGUCCGCUAUGUCUGGUAUAGUUCAGAUGGAACUAGACGAAAACACAUCAGAGUGUGGAUCCAUUAUGGACACAGAGGAAGCCAAGAGCGUGAAAACGCACCGAACGCAAUCUGGGCACAAAAGAACAAGAGAGAAGCCGUUAAGCAGCAAACGGAAAGAAACAUUAGUGUAAAAGGAGCCCAGGGAUUUCCUAGCAGAAGGACUGUUUAUUUAUAAAUAAUGUGUACAUUUUUCUUCUUGUAACGUGAGCAUAAUGGGAUUACUCUGCUGAAAUAAAUGUAUUUGUUUAAUGGCAGCUACUGGUAUGCAGUUAACACUGUUGAGCUGGAGUCUGUUUUUUGAAGAAGAUAUGGCAACCUUGAUUCAGAUUUUUAGUGUGAAAUAAACAAUUCAAAAGUUCUUGUGCUUUUGACUGUUAUUUAAUGGCAGACUUGAGGAGUAGACUUCAGUUUUCCAAAGCAGUGUUAUGGUACCGUAUUUGAAACUGGAAAACAUCAAGUAAUCUGUAUUGGCGAUAAUGUAAAUCUGCUCCCUUGAGGGAAAUCCAGCAAGUUUCAGGCUAUGCACCAGUCACAACUUUUGGAUCAAUGUUGCAAAAGAACUUUUAAAUUAGAACUUAAAUCUGAGCAAUUUUGUAUCCUUAUCCUUAUGAGACGCAUGUUUUGCAGUGUUUGAUUAUUUUAUUUCAUGCAAUACAAUGUUUUAAAAAACAGACCCCAGGUUCAAUGAGUUUUCCAUUUUACCUACUGGAACUCUUCAUCUUUGUUUGCUCACUGUACAUUCCUCAUUGUCAUUUACAUAACCUGCCAGGUAUUUAAUUUUUUAUAUUUUAAAAUAGGGUUUUUUAGAACUUUUUGUUUUGCAUUUUUAAUUAUUUCAGUGUAUUGUAUUUUGAGACUUUGAACUUGGCAUUUUCUCUAAGUACUUGACCUUUUGUUCAAAAAUGUCAUUCUGUUUUUGUUUUUGUGUGUGUGUAUAUAUCUAUAUUUUUUUUUCUAUUUUUUAAAGUCAAUUCAAAACUUUGCAAAAUGAAACCAAGCCAUGGCGUUUUCAGCUGAUAGGAAUAAGGGAAGACAACUUACUCAGUGUAGCAUUUUGUGUUGAUUAUAAGCAAGUUAAAUGGCUUGUGUGUGCUCUAGACUACUGAAAGAGAACUGUGUUGAUAAGAGCUGAAGGCUUUAAGAAUGUCGCAGAAGGUUUGGGUGGAGAGAAGCAUUGAUAGUGGCAAAUAGUGGAGAAGAGAAAGUUGUUUGCUUUAUGUGGCAAAAAGAAAUGUCUUAAGUUCGUUGGAAUAGGAAAGACAGUUUUGGAAGCAAACAUGAGGGUAUAUUGUAUGUCCUAGAAGAAUGGAGAAGAGAAAGGAUGUGAUGUUAUGGAGAGAAGAAAUGGAAAGUGAUCAAGUAUUUAUACUUGUAAUAAUAAUAAAGUUGACACAUUUUUGGUGGCCUUAAUAAUCAUAGGGAUGAACGAAAGUAACUCAGUAAGUCUUAUGCUGCAAAAUGGCAUAGGAACAAUUAUACAAAGUGGCAACAGCUGCAAUUCAAAUGAUAAGGUUUUUUCCUUUCAUUAAGACAGUAAUGAAAGCACAUCAUAAGGAUACUAAAGCAUUACAUGAAUCAGUCUUCAAGAGUCUGUAACUCAGAUAUAAAGAGUUAUUAUGUGCAAGCUGUUGGGCUGGCAGUGGUCACAAUCGGAAGAGAAUGUAAAUAGACACAACAAAAUGAAUGGUUCUCUGUAAAUGUACUGUACAGUUUAAAGUGCCAAGUACAAUUAAAUUCCUGACAGCA